AAUGAGAACAUACUACAAACAUAACUAUGCUUUUAACGUAUAUAUUUCUUUCCUUCUGAACGUUACUUAUAACAUUCAGAGGAAAAGCUACAGUAACAUAAAUACUGGUGUUAAGAAGGAAAACAGAAACUCAGGGAAUUUAACUGGUGGGCCGCUUCAUGUGUUUUGACAUGUAGUCAUCACGUCCCAUGCUUGUAAAAACCGCUUCCUUGUUUAGAUUAAAUGUCAACAGCAGCUGUUCUUGUAGCAGUAGCACUGGGAGGUGCAGGGGUUCUUUUAUUUUUACGCCGGUACUUUAGUAUCCGGCAAGCACUUCGUACCUCAGGCUGUCUCAGGAUGAUGCAGGGAAAAACUGUAAUCAUUACUGGGGCCAACAGUGGAAUAGGUAAGGCCACGGCGCUUGGAUUACUGAAACUGCAGGCGCGGGUGAUUUUAGCCUGCCGAAACUGUGAACGGGCAGAAGAGGCAUCUCGGGAGCUGCAACAGGAAGCUGGAGAAGGGCAGGGGGAGAUCGUCAUCAAACAGCUGGAUCUUGCCUCCUUAAAAUCUGUGCGUAAUUUUUGCGAUGAGAUGUUAAAGGAAGAACCAAAACUGGAUGUCCUUAUCAACAAUGCUGGAGUCUUUCAGUGUCCGUACAUGAAGACGGAGGAUGGCUUUGAGAUGCAGUUUGGUACAAACCACUUGGGACACUUUUUACUUACAAAUCUUCUCCUUGACCGUCUUAUCAAAUCAGCCCCAAGCAGGAUUGUGGUGGUUUCAUCCUCACUCUACAAAUAUGGUGAAAUAAAUUUUGAAGACUUGAAUAGCGUACAGAGCUAUGACAAAGGUUUUGCUUACAGUAGAAGUAAACUUGCUAACAUACUGUUCACUCAUGAACUGGCAAAACGCUUGGAAGGCACUGGGACUACUGUAAAUGUGGUGCAUCCAGGAAUAGUUAAAACAAAUCUUGGUAGAUAUAUUAAUAUUCCUUUUUUUGCCAAGCCUUUGUUUAAUGCAGUUUCUUGGGCAUUCUUUAAAACCCCUCUACAGGGAGCACAAACAUCUAUAUAUUUGAGCUCUUCCCCUGAUGUAGAGGGGGUAUCUGGUAAGUAUUUUGGUGACUGCAAAGAAGAGACACUUCUUCCAAAGGCAACAGAUGAUGCAGUGGCUAGAAAACUGUGGGAUAUCAGUGAAGUAAUGGUUGGCCUAACAAAGUAGGUAAUCCACUGCAGUAGUUUCUGUAGUUCAAGCUAUGUAACGAGUGCAUUGCCAUUUCAGACUUGAAAUUAAUUUAUUCUGUGCUCAAUAAACCUAGGUUUGAUUUUCUGGAGUAAAGAGUAAACACAUUUUUUACAUUAUGGGAGUUCAAGGUUUUCUGAUUACGAAGUCAUCGUCUGUGCAACCACAGACUGUUCUUCAGGAUGAUUUAAUCUUAUUUGGUUAUUGAAAUUUAAAUUGCUAGCAGUCAUUAAAGUAAGUGUAUGUACUUGGAAAUUUAGGUAAAUGUAGGUGAUCAAUAAGGGUUAUCCAAGGCAAGUUAAUGUGUCAGAUUAUAGGCCAUGCCUUUAGGUAAGAUCAUAACAGAUGUGGGUACUCUAAGCAAGAUGUUUUUAACCUAGAUUUGAAGGUUUCGGGGAGAAAAUAGUUUUGAAUAUGAAUAUGUUUUUUUAAUUCCUUAAAGAGAUAAUCACCUGCUAAAUGUCCUUUUUUUUCAGCCUAGUCUUACUGUGGAGGCUGGAGCUAACAGUUUGUUUGAGUUUAAACAAUUUGACAGGUUGACGAAAACGAGCUGUAUAGUGUGAAAAUUCAAGUUAAUAGCUUGAAUUGACACCUACAUUGGUCUAGUAAGGAUACUUGUUUUAAUUUUUUUUAAAUCACUAAGACCAACGCAGUGCUUAGAUGAGAAACUUUUUUUCUUGCAUCAUUCCCAUUCCCAUUCACUUUCACUUAGGGAUACUUAAAAGUGGUACCUGGAUGCUGCAGAUACUGCAUCAGUGAAGUGUCAUGUGCAGAGGUAAAGCUAAGUGCUUAUUACAUUAUGUCUCAUUUAGUCAGUUUUUGGGAUGAUGUCUGAUACAAGAAAAAAAUGAUUCGUGAGAUCAACAGAAACUAGACAACCAUUAUACUGCUUUUCUUCAUGCACUAGUUGUAGAAAAAAGGUAGAUGUGUGCAAGCACAGGUGCACAUGGGCACACAUGUACACACUUCACACUCAAACAGAACAAGUGGCUGAGGUCCAUUUAACAAAUUGCUCUCUGUUGCUCUUCAGAAACUCACUGGUGAAGUUAUGACAUUUAAAUGCAAUACUUCUGCGUCUGAAUAUGCUUGUGAUCUUGUAGAGAUUGUAUGAAAAAAUGUAUGGCAAGCAAACUUCAAAUGUGCACUUCAUCUAUUGCUAAUGCUGUCACAUUUUUGAAGGGUAUUAGUCUGUUUCUAAAAAAAUCAGGUUUCUCAGCUGUGGCUUGCAUUCCGUUCAUGGUGUCCACUAUAAGAAACAAAUAAAUGUAAUUUUUAUAUCGAUAGCA